GGAAGUGACGCCAUCGGGAAGCGACGCACCCGGAAGUGGCGGUGCCAGCGGGGCAGCGCUGAGGGAACCCCCCCCAUGGGGCUCUGCAAGUGCCCCAAGCGCCGGGUCACGAACCUCUUCUGCUUCGAGCACCGAGUCAAUGUCUGCGAGAGCUGCUUGGUCAGCGCCCACCCGAAGUGCAUCGUCCAGUCCUACCUGCAGUGGCUCCAGGACAGUGACUACAGCCCUGACUGUGCUCUCUGUGGCACCGCUCUGCAGGGCAGGGACACCGUGAGGCUCGUGUGCUACGAUGUGUUCCAUUGGUCCUGUCUCUCCGCGCGUGCCCGAGCGCUCCCCGCGCGCACGGCCCCAGCCGGUCACCUCUGCCCCACAUGUGGGGGGCCCCUGAUCCCCCCCCCCAACCUCGAGGGUCCCCUCGCGGCCGCACUGCGCAAGCGCCUGGCGGCUGCGCACUGGGCACGGCCUGGGCUGGGGCUGCCCCUGAUCGAUGACUUGGAGGAGCCCCCAGAGCCAGACCCCAAUGGGGAGAGCUUCAGAGACCACGUGACCCCUCCGGAGCCCCCUCCCAGCCCCCCCUCCCCCCCGCCCCACGCUGUGGUUCACAUGGCGGCUGAGAGCAUCGCACUGCACGCGGGUUCGGGGCCCCGCAAGGUGCUGGGGGGGGCCCGGGGGAGCUGCCCCCCCCCCGACCGCGAGGAGGACAAAUACAGGAGGCGCCCGGUGCUGGCCUGGCUGCCCCAUAGGCUCCGGUGCCGCUUGCGGGGUCCCCCCCGCCCCCCCCUCCUGCUGCUGUUGUUGGGGGCGGGGCUCGCGCUGCUGCUGUUGGGGGCGGGGCUGAGCCGGGGGGUGGGGGGCGGGGGAGGGGACCCAGCCCUGGAGCCGCUGAACCCGCGCGUGCCCCUGGGGCACUGA